UGGGGGUGCCACAUCCCACUUUUCGCUCCUUCCGAGUGAGGAGUCAUUCCAGCGUGAAGACGUACUGGAGAAAAGACAAGAUGACGGGCAGCAUCGAGGGACUCGAGAGGUUCGAGAGUCCGGGAAAAGGACGAGGUCUGCGCGUUUCCAGAGCCUUUAAGGUUGGAGAGCUCCUGUUUUCCAGCCCUGCGUAUUCCUACGUGCUGACAGCGAAGGAGAGAGGCUGCUACUGUGAGUUCUGCUUCAACAGGAAAAACGGAUUGGCAAAAUGUGGGAAGUGCAGGAAAGCCUUCUACUGCAAUGUGAAAUGCCAAAAAGGGGACUGGGCCAUGCACAAGCUGGAGUGUUCAGCAAUGAAUGCAUUCGGAGAGAACUGGUGCCCAUCAGAGACGUCCCGCCUGGUGGCUCGGAUCCUUGCAAAGAAGAAAACACAGAAAGAAAGAUGUUUGUCUGAGAAGAUCUUGCUAAUACAAGAUGUGCAAUCACACGUGGAGGAUGUAGAUAACGAGAAAAGAGAGAUGAACGAGUCAGACAUCGCCGGACUGUAUCGUUUUUUCUCCAAGCACUUGGACUUUCCUGACCACAAAGAGCUGCUCACGCUGUUCUCCCAGGUUGCUUGUAAUGGUUUCACGAUAGAGGACGAUGAACUAUCCCACUUGGGUACAGCAAUCUACCCAGAUGUGGCCCUGAUUAACCACAGCUGUCUUCACAGCGUCAUUGUGACAUACAAGGGGACGUCAGCUGAGAUUCGGGCCGUGCGGGACAUGAAGCCUGGAGACGAAGUGCUCAUCAGCUACAUAGACCUCCUUUACCCAACAGACGACCGCAACAGCCGACUGAGAGAGUCCUACUAUUUCACCUGUGACUGCCAGGAAUGUAAAAGUCAGUCCAAAGACAAGAAAAAGUUGAAAGUACGUAAGCGGAGUGACCCCAUCGAGCCGGAGGUCGUCAGCAACAUGGUGCGAUACGCCAGGAAAUCCAUCAGAGAGUUCAGAGCCUUCAAACACGUUAAAUCUCCUAGUGAACUGCUGGAGAUGUGUGAACAGACCCUGGAUAAGAUGGGGUCCGUCUUUGAUGACUGCAACGUCUACAUGCUCCACAUGAUGUACCAGGCCAUGGGCGUCUGUCUUUACAUGGGAGACCCAGACGGAGCCAUCAGAUACGGCGAGAAGAUCGUCAAACCUUACAAGCAGCUGUAUCCCCCCUACUCCUUGAACGUGUCCUCCAUGUACCUGAAGCUGGGCAGACUGUACAUGGGGAUGGAGAAGCCCUCGUUGGGCAUCAGCUAUCUCAAUAAGGCAAUGGCCAUAAUGUUGGUGGCUCACGGGAAAGAUCACUUGUACUUGGCAGAGUUGCGCAAUGAGAUUAAACAAAAAUGAAGAGAGGAAAGAAAUGACGGGAUGUGGCUGAUUCCUAUGGACUGAAUACACUCCUUCACCCAGGAGCUUUACAGAACUGUUCUACUCUUUUCGUUCCUGGAUAAAAGAUGAGAAGGCGUCCAUGUUUUUACGGAAAGAUUUAUCUACGGAUUUUCGUUCUCACGUCAGUGUUACGUAUGUUGCAAUAUGAGUUGUGUGCAGAACUUUUGUACCAUUGGGAAGUUGAGAGAAAUUAGCUUUUUUUUUUACUUUCAACCUCAUCAUAGGACGUUUGAGAAGUUAUUUUCCAGACUGUUGAUGAUUUCGUUUUUGUUUCGUCUCAUGACUGACGCAUCAGCUUGACCCUGUCAUCCAUCAGAGUGGAGAUAUCUACGUCUAUGUGUUGGAAUGUCGGGACAACUGCUGUGUCUGUUAAAGCUCCUCAACAGAGA